AUGGGCCAAAAGAGGCAACGCGACUCGAAGAACUUGACCUUACACUCUAAAAAGCGGAAGAAGGCCGAGAACGCGACAGCAACUGAUUCGGACGACGGCUGGGAUGGUAUCGUCGGCGCGGAUGAGCUGAACUGGAAGGAAGUAGCUCUACCUGAUCGUCUCGAGGAUGCUGGAGGCUUUUAUGGUCUGGAAGAAAUUGAAGGUGUUGAUAUAGUGCGAGGUUCGGGCAAUGGGGAGGUUAAAUUUAAGGCCGUUGCUGGGAAACCGAAGAAGUCUAUUCUGAAAAAGAAGGCGCUAGAGGAUGAGAACCCCGAAUACGAAGAGGAGUGGUCAGGCUUCAGCGACGAUGACGCGGACCGGCCAGAAAACGCUUCUUCAACUGUCGUAGAGAAACCUGAAAAGUCGGACAGGAAGGCGGACAAGAAGAGCGAGAAGAAUGCCGAUAAGAAGGAAGCCAAGGAUGCAAAGAAGAAAGAAGCUAAAGCUGCGAAGAAGGAACAGAAGGAGAAAGGUUCGGCAAUUCAGCGCGAUAUGAGCAUUAAUGCCGGCCUUUCGUUUGCCGCUCUUCAAGAUACGGAAGAAGAUGAUGGAGCCGAUGUCUCUGCUUGGGACUCGCUGGGUCUCUCCCCCGAGAUACUCACUGGCCUGUCCAAGAUGAAAUUUGGCUCUCCAACAUCAGUGCAGGAGGCUUGCAUACCUCAGAUAUUGGAGGGACAUGACGUUAUUGGGAAGGCUUCUACGGGUUCCGGAAAGACGCUGGCAUUCGGUAUUCCCAUCCUUGAACAUUACCUGGAGAAGAAACGCGAUGAUAUUAGUGCACAGAAGGAACAGAUGUCCGAAAAAGACUCGACUCCGAUCGCUCUGAUUCUGUCACCCACCAGAGAGCUUGCUCAUCAGUUGUCGAAGCAUAUCGGGGAGCUGAUCGCGCAAGCUCCGGGUGUUAAUGCACGCAUUGCGCUUUUGACCGGUGGGCUCUCGGUGCAAAAACAGCAACGUCUGCUGUCCGGAGCUGAUAUCGUGAUCGGAACCCCGGGUCGAGUGUGGGAAAUUUUGAGCACUGGGCAAGGGUUGAUUCGGAAGAUGCAGCAGAUCAAAUUCCUUGUAGUGGACGAGGCCGAUCGCCUCCUGAGUGAAGGUCACUUCAAAGAGGUUGAAGAGAUUUUAAACUCUCUGGACCGUGUCGAGGAUGGCGAGGUUCCUGAUGGUGAGGAUCAAGCAUCGGAAGAGGAAUCUGAUCCUAGCUCUGAAAGACAGACAUUGGUUUUCUCCGCCACCUUUCACCGUGAUCUGCAACAGAAGUUAGCGGGCAAAAGGAAGUGGACCAGAGGAGAUAUCAUGGAUAAGAAAGAAUCCAUGGACUACCUCCUACAGAAGCUGAACUUCCGGGAAGAGAAGCCCAAGUUCAUCGACAUGAACCCCAUCUCGCAGAUGGCCGACAACCUCAAAGAGGGAAUUGUCGAAUGUGGCGCCAUGGAAAAGGUGAGUUUUCAUAUGGGUUCGGUAAUUUCGAGUCUACGACUAAUGACGUUUCAGGAUCUCUUCCUCUAUACACUACUUCUAUACCAUCCCAAACACCGGACACUCGUCUUCACCAACUCGAUCUCCGCCGUCCGUCGUCUCACCAAACUCCUUCAGACUCUCCAACUACCAGCCCUUGCCCUUCAUUCGUCCAUGGCCCAAAAGGCACGACUCCGCUCGGUCGAGCGUUUCUCUUCACCCUCAUCCGAUCCCAGUACCAUCCUAAUAGCCACUGAUGUAGCGGCCCGCGGUCUCGACAUCAAAGGGAUAGACCUCGUCAUCCAUUACCAUGCACCCCGAACGGCAGAUACCUACGUUCAUCGAUCCGGCCGUACAGCUCGUGCAGGCGCAUCCGGUAAGAGCGUGAUUAUCUGCGGACCCGACGAGAUGGUCGGUGUUGUCCGUCUCGCUGCCAAGGUGCAUGCGAACAUGGCAAAUGGAAAAAAGCUGCCGCUGGAAUCAUUGGAGCUGGACCGUCGCGUCGUGUCGCGCGUCAAGCCCCGGGUUAGCCUCGCCAGCCGCAUCACUGAUGCUAAUAUAGCCAAGGAGAAGAUUUCAGCAGAGGACAAUUGGCUGCGCAACGCCGCGGAGGAUCUGGGCGUUGAGUACGACAGUGAGGAAUUCGAUGAAUCCAACGGCAAAGGGCGUGGUCGCGGCCGUGGUCGUCAUCAGAAGCAAAAGGAGGUAGGGAGCGUCAGUAAGGCCGAGCUGGCAGGGUUGCGAGCGGAGCUGAAGCAGUUGCUUUCCCAGCGGGUGAAUGUGGGCGUUAGCGAGAGGUAUCUAACUGCUGGGCGUGUGGAUAUCGAUGCAUUGCUCCGUGGAGAAGGCAAUACUUCGUUCCUGGGGCCGGUUGAUCCACUGAACUUUUAA